UAGUGUGCGUUGGUGGUCUUCGUGCGCCUGGUGGAAACCGACCGCACUCGACCUCGGAUCACGCUUCUGCGGGCUGUAUCAUGUCAAGAAGACAGGUUCCCGAUAACCCUUGGCAGAACGGCAUGCCGCCGUUCGGGUACUGGCCGCCACAAAUGCACCCUAUGAUGAAUACGGGCCCCAUGUGGGCACCACAGGGUAGCCUGCCCUUCAUGGGUGGUGGUAGCGUGGCACCCGACAUGAUGCGGUACCGAGGCAACGUUUCCUCUCAUACAAACUUUAGACGGCCUUAUGAUCAGCCGGACCGCUACCGGCCACGUCAUGGAUACGAUGACCGAUACGGAAAUCGCCAAGGUCGUGGAGACCGGAAGCGCCAUGGUCCUAGUGGCGAGCGGUCGCGAUCUCCGGCGUCGAAGAGAGGAGCACCACAUCGUGACGGUGCUCAAAAAGAUCAAGAGCAGCCCAACAGGCAAGGAGCAUCUGAAGGAGAGGCUUCUGCGGCGGAGAAUGAAGCAGAGAGGGCCUCUGGCACGCAGGCUGAUGACCUCUACGAUCCUGCUGAGCCAACCACGGAGGACACUGUGGAGGGGGCUGAAACAGCUGAAGGACAAGAGCAGCGUGGCACUGGGGAAGGAGAUGCUACUGAAUCAGCUGAUCAGGAAGGUGGAACUUCUGGUCAGCAGAAUGAAGUGGGAAGCGGAGAAGGCGCUUCUACAUCGACUGGUGCAGCUGCCAAGCUGAUUGCCAAGCCAUCAGGGUCGAAGGCUUCAGGCACCAAAAGUACCACCAAAGGAGCUGUCGCCAAGGGGCAAACUGGAGGCCGGGUUGCUCAAAAGGCCCGACAAGAGCAAGGGAAUAAAAAGGGCGGCCAGAAAGAUGGCUGGUGCACGGUGUGCGAAAUCAACUUUGUAGGCCACUUUUUUGACCACAGGAAGCUCGAUGAGCACAAGAAAAAGCGGGAUGAGAAGUAUCCCAAGUGCCAUACCUGCAGCAUGAGCUUCAGUAAUCGCGAGCACUACGACCAUCACUGUGGUGGUGUAGUGCACCUUAAGAAUGUGGAAGUAGAAGAAGAUGUACAGCUGGCUGGGUCAGAUGGAACUUUAGGUGAAGAAUAUUUGGAGGAAGUGCGUGGCUACUUUUGUACUUUAUGCAAUGUGUUCAUGAAGGAGGAACUGAAGCCUUAUCAUUGCAAAACCCUGGGUCAUCACAAAAGACAGAAGGAUGCCAAACGCAAAGAAGGAGCUGGAAAGAACACGAAAUCUGCCAGCGAGAAUACAGAAGAUGAGGAUGAGACAAACCAAGUGGCCUACACCAUCACCGACGAAGUAGGCAGCGAUGACGAAGCCAGGACUGCAGCCUCGGAUGGUGCUGGUCCUUCUGGAGUAACUAUCAAACCAAAGAAAGAAAAUGUGGCUGAAGAAACUGAUCACACCAUGCGAGAGACUCCCGAUGAGCCAUCCAGGGUUGAGCCUGUCAUGCUGGAGUCUGAAGCUGAUGGCCAGUCCGAGCCAGUGAAGGAAGAGAUAAAGGAGCAGGAUGACCUUCAGGAGGAGCACCAGGCAGAGGAGCAAGACGCACCAGAGCAUGAGGCAGCUUCGGCAGAUAUGUCAGUCUUGGAUGAGCAAGAACAAACCAACGUUCCCAGCACCAAUGGCUGCAAAGACUCGAAGGAAGAGGUAGGGGAGAAGCCUGUGGCGGCUUCUCCGAGCAUUAGCGCCGCUCCAGCUACCUUCAAGGCUGCUUUGUCAAAGGCUACGCCAGCCAAAGCACCAGGGAGAAAUUUAGCAGCUCCUAAGGCUGCUGCCGCAGUAGCAAAGCCCGCUGCCACCGUAGCCGCAAAGCCCGCUGUAGCAAUACCUAGGCCUACUGCCCCUGUAUCGAAGCCCACUGCUGCAGUAUCCAAAUCCACUGGCACAGUAGCCAAGCCACCUGUUGCUGCCGCAAGGGUACCUGCCAUCAACUCUGCUGCCUCAACUUCUGCCUCUGCUGCUGCAGGCACCAAGAAGCCGCCAGCUGUGGCUCUCCCAGCGCCAGCUGUGACAACUUCUGCCUCUGCUGCUGCAGGCACCAAGAAGCCGCCAGCUGUGGCUCUCCCAGCGCCAGCUGUGACUGUCCCAGCGCCAGCAGCAGUAGCAGGCAGGGGCGGUACGGCGAGGGGUCGUGGGAGGGGGGUGGCUCCAAAGGCAGUGAGAGCUCGUAAACGCUGAAAGUUGUCACUUUUUUUUUUCUUUUCUGCCAGUCUCCUUGAUGGCGUGGUGAUUCUCAUUUCCGCAGCCUCUUUCCCUUUUUCAUUUCUUUUUACUUUCUUUUUUUAUUUUUCUGGCCUUAGAUAAAGGUAUCCAAGCCAUGGCCAGCCCUUUUUUGUGUGCUAACAGUUGUCAUUGCAUGGCGUGUUUGAAAGUGCCUCACCUCAGUAUAUUUAAGUGUGGGCACGUGAAUGUUUGAACAAGAGCAGCUGGCAUGCUUCCUAAGAGGUCUAUGGUAGUCAACAUUUCCUAUCUCUGUAUGUUUUUAUUUCUUCAUUUCUUUCACCAUUUCUGUAUGUCCUUUAGGACAAAAGGUCAUUUGAUGCAUGCAUCAUCUUUUUCACUGUCAAUUCACUUUUUAAAUUUUCUAUUGACACUGUCCGAGACUCGGCGCGCUAUUUUUUGUGGCAACAGUCAUUUCUUGUGACACCAGUUUUUGUGACAUUUUUGUGACAUUUUUUGUGACAACAGUUAAUGUCCGACUUAUUUUCAAGUGUGAAAAUUCUGUGCACUUCAGUUCAGGUUGAAGAUUGUGUGAACUAUUGAAAUUUGCAUGCAUUAACUACCAUAUUUUUUUCCCAUGGGGGCCACAUAUAUUUUCAUGAAUUUAGAGUCAAGUGAUUGAGUGCAAACCGAGUGCCACUGCACAUAUGGGGGUAGUGGAACUGCGUUGCCACUUUGGCAUUUUGCACCUUUGACAUGUGCACUCAUGCACAAGUGAGCAUCUAAAAACAAAACUCACGUGCAGGUAUCUUGGAGAAACUGCCAUCCUAGCUUUAUUUGCUGCCCUGUUUCAAGCUUGAAGCCACAGAGCUGCAGGAAUGCUGCCACAGUGUUGAAAGUUGCAGACCUAAGACACAACAUUGUGUGCAAGCAUCUGGGAUGAGAGGGAAACUGGAGUAGAAAUGUUGGUCCAUAAUGGGGUUUCAAGGGUAAGAUUUGUAGCAACCAUACAUUUUUCGGGCAGUUAAAGCCAGCACUGUUGGCUGUUUGUAAAACAGACGGUGCUGACUGCUGCUGUCUCUAUUAAAUAAAGCCAGACCUCUGCCCUCUUGGUAGGGGCUCAAACGAAAAUUGGUGGUAGUGGACAGGGAAAUAAAGCUAGGUGUGUGCUAUCUUUGUUGGGGGUGAAAAGGUUUACCCGUGUGUAAGAAAAAAAAAAUUGAUUUGCAUGUCGCAAGUGCUUAACAUUCCCAGUUUUACUUGACAGAAGUUGCUUGAUGUGUGCUGUGGUUUUUCUGUGAAAGCAUCAAAUGUUCUUGGCAAAUUACGUUGAUGGUCAUGUCUUGAAGAACAAGCUCGAGAAAACAUUACCUAUGUGGACAACAGUGAUCUCAUCUUAUGGUUAGUCUAGUAAUUGACAGAACCAAAGCACUUUAUUAGCAAGUGUUCACUAUCAGGCAAUCAGGCAAACCUCUAAGUCAAAGGUAAACUAGGGACAACCACUGGCUUCACCUCCGCUUCUAAGAAGGUGUGCAGAAGGUGUGCGAAUUUUUACUUCAAUUCCAGCAGUUUUUUUGUUUUUUUUAAUAUAUACUGUACAGUCCCCGGCACUGGUCGUGUCUAAUUUGUUGUUAGAGUUUCUCAUGAACACAAGAAGCAUGUGCAGUCCACAUUGAUAACUUUUCCUGGGCUUCCUCCACCUGUUUUUUGUUACUUUUUUGGAGGACAUCUUAUUUCCAGCAGAAUGCAACCACUGUGUCACCACUUCAUGUUGUCUAAUCUACGGCUAGCUUGCACCGAUUUCUGCUAACACACGAUGUGCAUGGUACUUUUUUGUCACAUUUCAGCUUUGAAGUGCAACCUUUUAGUUCAGCAGGUGCUGCUGCCACAAAUGCUAGAUUGCAGACACUUAAACCACCCAGCAUGUUAGACUUUGUUGGCUCUGAGAUAAUCUUGAAUAUAGGUACAAGCUGCUGCAUGUUGUUGAGAAAGAUUGUUGUUGAGACUACAGACGGCGACAAGCUAAAAAUAAGUUUGGCUCCGCCUACAGUCGGCAAUUGUGCUAUUAGUACUGCUAGCCAACUUUAAUUUGUACAUAUAAACCAUCCAAUUGCAUUUUCGUCAGUCCCAUGUCGUCACGUAAUUUUGUACAAGGCUGUGUGUAGUGUGCAAGAAUAUACACCAUUUGAACAUGUGUGAACCUCGAAAAUGGGUGUAGAUGCUUCAGCCAGCUGCAUUCCUGUAAUUUUCGUAGUGUCCGAAGCCUUUUGGCACUACAAGUAGUAUUUUUCUAUAGUCUGGAACAACAUCGACUAGCAUGGCAUGGGUAUUAGUCAAGUUGAAAUUGUAUAGGCAUACCUUUUUCGUUAUUCCCAUAACAUCAAUCAAUCUUGCACUGCAGGUAAUAAUGUAUGGGUUUCAGUGCUGCCAUAUGGAGCUGUUAUGUAUAUGUAACAACUAAACACACAGUGUUGCGGUAGACGCCUGUGCACGGAAACUUUUCAGUUGCGACGUUUCAUGACCGUGUCACUUUCACAUCGCGUCGUGUAAAAAUACAAAAAAUUCAUUCGACAGCACGAGGUGGCCUUGCCCAUGCAGUGUAUAUAAAAUCUUCUAUACUCGCUACAACAAUCGACUACUUUAGCAUGGUAAUUGUCAGGGCUACGGAGCAAAUUCUUUUUAAUGAAAACGUCCAAAUUUUCAAAAGACAUGACUGUUCCGAUAAACAAUUUCUUACAUAUUUUGGAAUGGUUGAGUGCAUUUUAAAGGAAUAAAGUGCGGCACCUGCACGCCAGCGCUGGCAAAGACUUCAAAGCAGCCGCAGGGGAUGCAGGAUAGUCGAGGCGGUAAUGCGGACUAGUUGGUUAUCUGCAUCUUUGUUCUAUUGCACUACCAUAAAUGAAUGCGGAUGUGGGGUGCACGUGUUCCUGUUCGGCUACUUGCCUUUCUCCACCUCCCUUUUGCAUUCCACAAACGCACUAUAAUGUGCCCCUCUGUUCUCACCCCCCCCCCCCCCCCACACACACACACGGGCGAAUUUUUCAGUCACUGCUGUUCGUAACAGUUUUUAAGAACAGUAGUGGGAGCUGAGUGGGAUAAGUCGUGGGCUACUGCUGACACGGCCAUUACUGGUGGCGCCACGUCUAGUUCACGGCGCAAUGUAAAAAAAACAACAACGUUGAAUUCGUUGGGAUCUACUAGUUUUUGUGUGAAAUGAAGACUGUGUCCACCAAUUUAAGCACCUAAUCUCUUAGUUUGGCUUGAGCUAUGAGCAGCAAAAAGUUAGUUCAGUAUUUUUCUCUCUCUCUUAUAGGGUGAGAUCGGCCAUUUAAUUGCAUUCGUGCGUUCUCAUCAUGUGUAGGAGUUUUGUACAACAAAAAGGCUGGAAGGGAACGAAAGCUCAAGUUUGCGUAGCGACGACAACCCUGCGCCUAUCGCUGGUGGCUAGCUCGUGGGAAUUUGAGGAUAGGCACGGCAGAGGGUGCAGGCGACAGACACAGUGUGUUUCGCCAAAGCGGGAGCACGAGCGACGCGCGCAGAACGUGUUCUGCAGUUGGUCUAAGGACUUUGUUGCGGUGCCGUCUGCUUGGCACGCCAAAACGAGACAUUCACUGUGCGAAGCUGCCUUUCCGUGAUGAAAGAAACGACCCCAUGGAAGCAUCGUGAGGUCUGAAGUAUUGUUGUGUUGUGGGCUGCCACAACAAUGUUGACAACACCAAAGGAUGCUCUCCACGUGUGCAACUGUAUCAGUUGCCGGAAAGUCAUGCCGGGGAAUCGAGAGCUGAACCGCAUUUGCGAAAGAUAGACCAAGCAUGACAGGAGAGUUGGAAAAAACGAGAUGGGAAUUUUAACUUGAUCGCAGUAGUUAAAGCUCAGCUUGAUGCCUUGCGGCAAUGUCAGUGGGUCAUGUUCCCGUGGCCCAGAGGACGUGACUCUAAAACUUCUCUCGGACAUUUUAAUGCCAUGAUCGUAUCAGUUCUUUUUUUUUUUUUUCAUUUUUAGCAGGCCGCAAACGUUUGCACAUGACAUUACAUGGCUGAUACUGCUCGAUAUCUUAUAAAAACAAUUAUGAUUUUCAUGAUCGUCGACACAGCACAUUGAGAGAGAGCAGCACGCCUUCAUGUCGACAGAAUGAGACUCGCCUCGAGGCACACGUCGUACACAGUAUUGUUACGGACCUGAAAAAUGCAUUUCGCAUUGGCUCGGACGUCCUCGUCUUCUAUCGUCUCCUCUUCGUCAUCCUUUAUACUCUUUUUGUUAGAUUUGCUUUUCAGAAAUGCUUGCCCAACUCUGAGAUCUUUUUGAAGCCGCACUGCAGGAAGUAUAUUUUGAGGGGACUAAAACGCACCGUGCGCGCUCUGCACAGGCACUUAAACGAGCGGCAGUGCAUUCGUGGGAAGGGAAAAUUCGUGACAUACAUACCCCAUUUCCACUUUUUGAUCAGAUAUGGCGCUGCUUGUUGCAGUGCCAUAUUAUGGACAUAGGCGUGGGCACUGGGAGGUGGGGCCCAAACGCGGCCCUCGGUACAUUUAGUUUAUAUAAAGAGGGGGACGAACCCCCCACCCCUCCAAGGGGAACCCUGCGCAUGGUAUUGGUACUCCUGUCAAGUUUAAUUGGUGUAGAUCCGGUAGCCAAUUUCGUUCGUCAUUUCUAUAAUGUCGAGCAAAUUUGCUUGUUUCUCAAAUUAUUUUACUUUGUGUGUUUUUGUACCGCAGAUUUUAGGUUGACACAUGGCGAAUUGUAAUUGUAUUUGAAUUGUAAUUGUGUUGUAAAUGUGUUUAGCCAAAGACAUUUCAGCUAAGUACUUCUAUUUUCGAAUAUGCCUACGCAUGUGUACCAGCACAGAAAAACUUUUUAGGUGGAGCUGCUUCUGCAAUAUUGGGCUGUUUUCUUGUGUUGAUUAUUCUGCCUGUGUCCUGUUGCAUAUGGCAUGUUUUGUCGCGAGUACUACCAUAAUAGAGUUUAUUUUUUCAAGCCUGCAUGAAGAAUGGAUGAAAGAAAACGUUCGUAAAUCAUGAUCAGAUAUUGUUCUUAAUUUAUGACCUAUGAUUUGAAAGGAAGUGUAAUGCACAUAACCUACUGCAUGCUUGACCCCCCCCCCCCCUCCUCAUUUUUUGUUCUUGUGAACAUGUGCAUGGAAAGCAUUUUCAUAGACACAUUUAUAAUUCAGUGCUCAGUCGUCGCGAAUGCAUUGGAAAAAACAGCGUGAGAGCAAUAAGGAAUAGACAGAAGAAACAGGAUAGAGCGUUGACUUUCAUCCAUUGCGUUUAUUCUUGCUGUGCAAAUAUACAUACAGUUUAGGAAAUGGAGCAACCGGAGGGAAGGCGGGAAAUGGAAAAACCGGAUGAGAGAACUUUUCUGGGACAUGCAGCGUUGUCAAAGCGUAGAAUGAUCAACUGCCAAGAUGGCUAAUCUUUUUGCCAAAUGGGAUGGAUAGUUCUUCCGUUUCCCGCGUAUAUAUAUGCACAGCAAAAAUAAACGCAAUUGUUGGUGAUCGGGGAGCUGGGGUGACCAGAGCUCCGUCCCGUUUCUUCUCACUCUUCUAUGUCGUUUUCGCGCUGUCUUUUCACUGUCAAUGAGCACCAACAAGCUCAAGCUCACCCGCUUCUCUCCACGAAUGUUGUUUGCGAUUCUCCCGCGGGUAGUUCUUUGUUAUUGUUAUUAUUUCACUGUUUUCUAGCGUUUUGGAUUAUGUCGAAACACUUGUCGCUAGUUUGGGCGACGGUGACUGCACCUUAUCGAUGUUCGCUGGUGUCCGGCAGUCUUCGUGUUCACUUGUGUGAAAAAUUUGGUGCCUAUUUUACUUGCACUGUUUAUGAUUUCCUGUAAAUGUGGCCCUAGGAGAACAUAACAUUGCUUUUUGUAGAAAGGUGCUAGUGUUCACAUUUUUUUUCUUGUAGAUUGAGCCGAAUAAAGGGCUGUGACGGUCAUUUCACUGCUUGA